AUGAGUCAAUGUAACCUAGUUAAUCUGUGUACUUGUUUUGCAGACAUUCCCCGUUCCAUACUGUCCCUGUUGAAGAACAAGGUGUACCUGAUCACCUGUCUGGGGAUCUGCUGUGAGAUCUCCAUAGUCAGUGGCUUCGUGGUGUUCCUCCCUAAGUACCUAGAAACACAGUUUGGCACCUCCACCUCCAUGGCCAACCUGUUUACUGGUGCUAUUGGCAUUCCUGGAGCAGUUAUAGGUAUUUUAAUAGGAGGAUUCCUUCUGAAGAGGUUCCAGUUGAAACCAAAAGGAGCCAUUCAGUUGACCCUGUUGCUGGACUCCCUUGCUUUGCUGGGUUUCCUCUCCUUUCUGGUGCUGGGCUGUGAGAAUCCUAAGAUAGCAGGAGCCACCUUUCCAUAUCAUGCCUCUAUCAACAUGAACAGUUCCGAGUUGGAGGAGUUUGAGAUAGAAGCCAAUCUGACGUCCACUUGUAAUAUUGGCUGUUCCUGCUCCAAUAAUGACCUUGAGCCCAUCUGCGGCAUUAAUGGCAUUACGUAUUUUUCACCUUGUCAUGCAGGCUGUACCCAAUUCUUCUCACAUAUCACAACAGAGGAAAAGAUGGUGAAUUUCAGUGGUUGUUCUUGUAUCAUGGAGAACUCGAGUAUUUCGCCUGAGGUGAUAAUGUCCCCCGUGGCAACCAGUGGCCCAUGUAAAUCCACCUGUCAGAACCUGCUACCAUUCCUAAUUCUUCUGGUGAUCCUCACCUUUACUGUGGCUGGCACACAGAUGCCCCUCCUCAUGAUUACCCUCAGGUCUGUCCAUGAAGAAGAGAGGUGUUUUGCCCUGGGUCUCCAGUUUGUCAUACUGAGAUUGUUUGCCUACAUCCCUUCUCCUAUAAUGUUUGGGAACACCAUUGAUACAGCAUGUCUAUUAUGGAGGGAUUGGUGUGGAAGUUCUGGGUCCUGUUCUAUCUACGACAUUGUACAGUUCAGAUAUCGAUAUAUAGGAAUUUCAGCUGGUCUGAAAUUUAUGGGAACUGUGUUUUUCUUUGUGGUGUGGAUCCUGAUGCGUCGACAGAUUAGAAGAGAUUUACAGUUAAAUCUUCCUGUCGGUGAUAUCAUGUCUUCUAUGAAUUCCAUAAACAAGUUAGACCUUGACUACCCUCAGCGCCACGCCCACCCCCGGGGGGGAUCAGGAGACCAGACUAAGGCCAUGGUAGAGGACCAUCAAGCACCUAAUGAGUCCUGUCUGUGAUAUUUAUCUAAUCAAAACAUGUAGCCUCACUCCGUAUUGCCAAUCUUUGUCAUUCAAUAACAUGAACAAUAUUACUUGUGUAUCACAUUUUUUUUUUUGUCAGUAUCAGUUAAAAAUAUCAUUUUUUUUCUCUGGCCACUGUUUCUCCCAUGUGUCAAAUGAUGUAUGUACAUAUAUAUAUUUAUAAUAUAUAUCAGAUGAUUAUGUUCUUGUUAUGUUUUCCUUCUGUCGAUAUACACAAUGUUUUAUAGCUAUUAUAACUCAUGUAAAGAAUUUUCUUCAUGCCGAAUGAUGAUGACAGCUUUUUGACUCUUUAUUGCCCGACUGUAUAGUCACACAGCAAAGAUAUUCAGAAUUAUAAUGGUUGUCAGUAACAAAAUAUCGCCCGAAACGGCAUUACUGAAUCGGCUUUAGAAGUGCAAUGUACAUAUCUAUAACAUACUCUCCUAUGUCCUAUGUAUCACGAUGUAAAUUGUUCAAUACUUGUGAAGUUUAUGGUCCUGUGUUUUUAGCUCACCUGAGCCGAAGGCUCAAGUGAGCUUUUCUGAUCAAAAUUUGUCCGUUGUCUGUCGUCGUUGUUGUUGUCGUUAUCGUUGUCGUCGUAAACUUUUCACAUUUUCAUCUUCUUCUCAAGAACCACUGGGCCAAUUUCAACCAAACUUGGUACAAAGUAUCCUUGGGUAAAGGGGAAUCAAGUUUGUUCAAAUGAAGGGCCACGCCCUCUUCCAAGGGGAGAUAAUUAUGAAUUUGUGAAAAAUUAAUGGCAUUUUUAAAAAAUCUUCUUCUCCAGAACCGCUGGGCCAGGAAAGAUGAAACUCAUGUGGAAGCAUCUUCAGGUAGUGUAGAUUCAAGUUUGUUCAAAUCAUGACCCCCGGGGCAAGGGUGGGGCCAAAAUGGCCGACCCAAAUUUUACAUAGGAAUAUAUAGGAAAAAUCUUUAAAAAUCUUCUUCUCCAGUACCACUGGGACAGGAAAGAUGAAACUCAUGUGGAAUCAUCCUCAGGUAGUGUGGAUUCAAGUUUGUUCAAAUCAUGACCCCCGGGGCAAGGGUGGGGCCAAAAUGGCCGACCCUUGUUUUACAUAGGAAUAUAUAGGAAAAAUCUUUAAAAAUCUUCUUCUCCAGAACCACUGGGCCAGGAAAGAUGAAACUCAUGUGGAAUCAUCCUCAGGUAGUGUAGAUUCAAGUUUGUUCAUAUCAUGACCCCCGGGGCGAGGGUGGGGCCAAAAUGGCCGACCCAAGUUUUACAUAGGAAUAUAUAGGAAAAAUCUUUAAAAAUCUUCUUCUCCAGAACCACUAGGCCAGGAAAGAUGAAACUCAUGUGGAAUCAUCCUCAGGUAGUGUAGAUUCAAGUUUGUUCAAAUCAUGACCCCCGUUGCAAGGGUGGGGCCAAAAUUUCCGAUCCAAGUUUUACAUAGGAAUAUAUAGGAAAAAUCUUUAAAAAUCUUCUUCUCCAGAACCACUAGGCCAGGAAAGAUGAAACUCAUGUGGAAUCAUCCUCAGGUGGAGUAGAUUCAAGUUUGUUCAAAUCAUGACCCCUGAGGCAAGGGUGGGGCCAAAAUGGCCGACCCUUGUUUUACAUAUGAAUAUAUAGGAAAAAUCUUUAAAAAUCUUCCUCUCGAGAACCA